UAAUUUUAUUUCAAUCUAUAACUUUAUUUCUAACCUAAAAAGAUCAAAAUUCAAAGCUUUUUUUUAAUAAAUCCACAAAAAAAUGUGGGAUGACGAUAAUACCAGUGGCUCAUCAAACCUUAAGUAUGCUAAUGUUUCACAUCAGGAUACUGAAGGAUCCGACCAAUUCUGUUGUUGCCGCUAUUGCAAUGGACCUUUCUGCCUCAAUUGCCAGACUUAUUCGAUGCUUAAGAAAGUUUGCUAUCAAAUAAUUCAGGAUGAAUGUCCUGAAUUUUUUGCAAUAAGCUAUAAAAAAUCCAGGCUAGAUGAAAUAAGGGAUUCACUAAAAACCGUUUCCCGAAGCCAAGGAGGUUAUGCAGCAAUUUUGGAAAGCAAGGAAAGGAUUCGAGGCUAUUUAAAAAAAAGGAAAAAUCCAGGAACCAAGAGAAGAUAA